CCCCUCCAGUGCUGGUCCGCCCACCACACCACCCCAUCAUCCCCCCCUAAGCAGUGGCCACACCACGCAAAAACCACACAGACAGGCACACACAACCGCACACCAUUGAAUCAAGAUCCAGAUUCCAGAGGGAGGUCCCUGCGGGCCUUCCCCGAUCCAAACUCGUGGAUUUGCUGGUUCCUCCAAACAUACCGCCAGAACGAGCUUUCCAGCAUGGGAUAAGGUUUUCCCAAAAUCCUCACCACGUAACGAACGCUCCCUGGCAGGCUGCACGGGUCGAUCACGGUUUAUUAAUAUUGACUGCCAGCAGCUGCAGCUGCUGCAGAGAUGCCUUCUGGUCUCCGUCUGUCUUUGUUGUCGUGACUUUCUGCCCGCAUCGUAGGUUGUUCGUCGCCAUGGGUCGUCCAGAUACCGGCCAAGUGGUGUCGUGGUACAUUGUCACCAUCAUCGCGUGCAUCUUUCUCGUCUGUCGACUCUGGGUGCGAUGGCGGUUGUUGAAACGGCUGUAUCUCGACGACUUGUUCGUCACGGUUGCGGCGCUCUGCCUGAUCGGAGAUCUGGUCAUCCAGCAUUAUAUGUUUAACCUGGGCAUGUCGGAUGCGGCCAACAUGGACUCAGAUCAGAUGAUCAACAUGAUGAAGAUGAUCAUCCCCGGAUCCACCCUCUAUGUGACAACGCUCUGGCUCAUCAAGGCCAGCCUGGUAAUCUUCUACAAGCGUCUCGCCGAUCGCACCCGGUACCAGACCGUGUACAACAUCACUCUGGCCGUUUUGGCGGCGACCUGGUUGGUCCUGUUCUUCGAUAUCGUCUUCAAGUGCUAUCCUCCUUCCCGACAAUGGCGGAGCGUGGUUGAUGCGGAAUUGGCGUGCCCAGACAAGCCAUCGACGAUCAACUACUGGUUGACGAUUCUUUUCAACAUCUUCACUGAUGUCUUCAUCAUCUGUCUCCCCAUCUCGCAGGUCGCCCGCCUGAAGAUGCCCAAGAAGCAAAAGUGGGGUGUCAUCUCCGUCUUCUUGCUGGGUGUCUUGGUUGUUAUCUCGAGUAGUAAGUUGUACCAUCAGCUCAACAAGCAGUGCACAGUGCCAUGUCUAACGAGCGUUGCAGUCAUCCGAGCCAUCUACUCCCAUCUUAACGAACAAAUGAUCACCUGCACCGUCUCCAUGAUCGAGGCCUCCAUCGCCAUCAUCGCUUCCUGCCUUCCUGUCCUCCGCACCUUGGUUUUUGGGAGCCACUCGCGCACCGGGACUUACAGCGGCCGGCGCGGCUACGAGCUGUCCAACUCGGGGUACAACACCACCGGCGGCCCCACGAGCAAACAGCGGACCACUGUCUCGGUGACGCAGACGGCCAACACCCCGGACGAUCUGUCCCGGCAUGAUUCCGAGGACGGCUUGGUCAAGGAUCAUGGAGCCUUGCCGUUGUCGUUGGAGAAUGGUGCCGGAAUUGCCGUCACGCGCGAGUACUUUGUGCACGAGGGGGAGUCAGAUGGACGAAGCUUUCGGUAGAGGCUAGGCUUGGCUUUGAACAAGGUCUCUUCAAUCUCGCGGAGAUUGACCCGCGAGGAAAAACAAAACUAUCCAUUCUUUAGUAGAAUAAUUUCAUAUAAUUGUGACCCAGGAAG